GAAGAAGAAGGCGAUCGAAUCUGCUAGUUUCAGUAUAGUUUCAGUGUCAGCAUUCAGGGCAGCUCGAACCAUUCAAUAGAGAUGGCCGUGGCCCAAAAUGCUCCAGCGACAGAGUCUCACGACUCUCUCUUUGCAGAAGGGUACGCCUAUUCGGUCCGCACCUGGGGCGGUCGCAUCCAGGAACAGUCGAGGGAGUGCCGGAGCCUGAGCCAUCUCGGCAUACUGAUGCCCCUCUACUUGUCCCCCAUCGCCUACCAGGGCACGGUGAGCAGCCUCUGUCUCUACUGCAUCCUCAUGCCGCUCUUCUUGUGGGCCUUCAACUCGCUGCCGAUGCCGCUGGUUGCUUUCCUGCAUAUUGUCAACCUACCACUCUUCGGCAUUAUAGGCGUCGAACAAAUGGCCCGGGAAUACCUCUCGACGGAGGGCGUAACCGUGGUCCUGCUGGCGAUGCUGGUCAUAGCUGUCGAUUCCGGUACUACCUUCAUUCCGCGCGCGGCCUACUCAGUAGUUUGCAGGUUCGGCAUGCGUCGUCGGAGACUGUACAUCACUGUCUGUGCUGCAGCCUUAACCUGUACCAUGCUUUGCGCACAGACAGUUGUAGCGGUUCCUCUCCUGUUGGUGGUAGAUCGGGUUGUGUGCAUACUCUACCACGAGAACUUGGACAACACCGCGCAGACGACUGUAGCCUGCCAGAAGCCGGGCCACCACACCGGCUCUUCUACACGCUCCAUACAGAGCCCUACUAGCGACAUACUUCUGAACAAGCUUGCGCAGGUAGUUGGGGCCAUGAAAGACGAGAAGAACGACUCCAAGACGACACCGAAGCACAGCGAAGCUAGCGAAGAAGACGGUCGACCUGCAGUGGUCAUUAGCGUCCAAGAAGGCUCCGAAACAGGGUUAGGGCUCGACCAAGAAAACGAAAUUAAGCGUGCAGCUCCCAGCGAGAAACCGCAAGGCGAACAUCGCACUGAACAAACUCGCAAGGCAGUCUUCAAAAUCAGCACACCAGACAACAAACCGCCUGAAGGAGGGUCAGACGAGACCAAGAAAUCAGGAAACACCGUUGAAGUGGUGGUAGUGGACGAAGCUGGUUGCUCUCCGUCAGACAAAGCGGCGUCCCCUGGAGCAGAAAACCUUAACAUUGCGCGCAUGCGGAGAGCUUCCAUCCUGAAGCUACCCGGAGCGUGCAGUGCCAUCUCGCGUAGAAUGUCUUCCAGCGUUGACUUCAAAGAAGAGAGCCUUAUCGGCAGCCCAGCAGCUGAAUCGACUGGUCGUCCCUCUGGGAGGCUGCUGUCCGACCGACGUAGAUCGCGCCUUUCAACGUGCAGUAACACGUCGGUGGGCGAUGACAGCCUGAGCGAUUGGCUCCGCACGCGAAAAUACGCCAGGCGAAUUUCGCUACGAUACCCCAUGGGCCGUGAGAACGCCGGCGAAGAGUCUGCCCACGGGAAGGUCACCCGGCCGCCCUCCAGCACAGGUUUAUUAUCGAGCGGACAAGCAGCGGCGGCGGCGGCAGCGGCGUCUGCAAAGGAUGACAUGACGAGACGCCGUGUUGAGCUUCACAACGCCUUCUUGUGGGGUCCUUCUUUGAUGACAGUCCUUGGGAACAUCUCCAAUAUCUGGUUCUUUCCUGUGGGAGACGUCUUCGAAAAGAUACGCCAAGACCCACAGAAACCUCGCCUUACUCCGGUAAGGCUGUGGUCCAUUACUGCACCUGGGUCCCUGGUAGCUUCCCUUUUCACUGGCGUCUACCUCUAUUUCUAUUUGAGGAUCUUCAAACAUGAACCUGUCGACUGCUUCACUGAGCACCUGAGCAUCAUGGACGCCGCACGAAACAAACUCAAGAACGCCGGGCCUGCAACCACCAUCGACCGCUUGGCCUGCGUUUACAUUGGGGUCUUCUGCCUCACCUUCUACCCGCUCGUGAUCAUGGGACAUGACGCCACGGAGAUGCAGCUACGUAUCCUCUGUGGAAUGGUACUGGCGUCUACCUUGCUUAACCACGUGGUCCAGAACGCUGUCCUCAGUCGAAACAGCAUCGGUCUCAAAAUGCCGUGGGGUGUGCUCUUCGUUAUCGGUGCUGUCCAGAUUAUAUCGGUUGUCGUCGAGAAGUACAGCUUGCUGGAGGAGAUGUUCCAGAGCAUAUCACCUAACUUCUGGCAAGACUAUUCACCGGUGUCCGUCCAGGUAAUUCUGGCAAGCAUCUCGGCAGCGCUGGCAGAGACGAUGGACCGCAACACACUCAGCAGGAUCGUCAUACCCAUCGUCACGGAGAUUGCAGCACGGAUGGAGGUGUACCCUCUCUACUACGCGAUACCCGUGGUGGUUGCGGCUUCCACUAACGUCAUCAUGCCAAUAUCUACACCUUUGGUCAUUUUGCACGAAAUUGGCCAUGUACCAAUGUGGCAGAUGCUGCUUCAUGGUAUCCUGUUGAAGGCUCUGCUGGUGGGUGCAGUUCUGCUCAGCAUGAAUACCACGGCCCAAAUGAUCUACUCGUGGGGUACUCAGGCGGCGCCAGACCAGUGAUGACAGCGUCCGUUGGGACUAAUAUGUUCAUACGAAGAAUACAUUCAGUUCGUAUUCACUGUCGAUAGAGCUAACGGGGUGUAAAUAUUACUCAAUAUAGCUUGCUGUUGCACAAAUGAUUAAAGAUUCUUCCAAACAGUA